CCGGUGCUUACUAGUGUGAGAAUGAUUCCGUUGUGCAGUUUUUUCACAAUGCGCGCUCUAGCCUUGACAACAUUUUUACUCUCUUGAAAACAAAACAAACUUUAUGUAAUGCUUCAAAAGAUUUAGUGAAUUCUUUAUAGAGAGUGGAUGCAUCAUGGACAAUAGAUGGAUAUUCGCAUUCUUCUUGAUGUCUGUACCAGGCUUCAUACAAGCCCAGGUUGCCGAUGACAUUUGUGUUCCCAACAAUCCCUGCCGACCGCCGGCAGACUACAAUUGUAGCACAAUCAACUUCGGGUAUCAAUGCCUAUGCAUCAACAUACCAUGCCCAAAUCCAUGUGAGCCUAACCCUUGCACAAAUGGUAGAUGUGACACCAAUGUAAAUGACUACACGUGUAGCUGUCGGGAUGGCUACAUUGGGCGCAAUUGUAGUAUAGACGUAAACGAGUGUGCUUCGCUUCCCUGUGAGAACGGUGGCACGUGCACCGACCUUCUGAAUGAAUACAGAUGCUCUUGUGCUGCUGGUUAUACAGGACCCAACUGUCGAAUCAAUAUCGAUGAUUGCGUUUCCACUCCAUGUCAUAAUAAUGGCACAUGUCAUGAUCGUCCGAACAGCUUUGUGUGUGAAUGUCGGACCGGAUAUACGGGAGUGCUGUGUCAAACAAACAUUGACGACUGCGCCUCUACGCCUUGCCUGAAUGGAGGACUCUGUAGAGAUGGUAUCAACGAUUUCACCUGUACCUGCCCAACUGGAUACACAGGCAUACUGUGCCAGACUGUCGUAACAUACUGUUUUUCGCAGCCAUGUGAAAACGGAGGCGUUUGUACUGAUCACGCGGGCUUGCCGUAUACUUGCACGUGCCCACCAGGAUUCACAGGACCCAACUGCGAAAUCAAUAUAGAUGACUGCAGUCCGAAUCCUUGCCUUAAUGGAGGACUUUGUGCUGAUGGGAUCAACACGUUCAGGUGUACCUGUCAAGCAGGGUUCACGGGUGACACCUGCGCAACUGAUAUUGACGAAUGUGCCUCAAACCCUUGCCAGAAUGGUGGGACAUGUCAAGACUUCAUUGCCCGCUACUUGUGCACAUGUCCUCCUGGAUUUACUGGAGCAGAUUGCCAUAGAGUGACAAAUGAAUGCCAACCAAACCCGUGUAAUGGAGGCAUCUGUACGGAUCUUCAUCUAGACUUUCGGUGCACGUGUCCUCCUGGCUACACUGGAACUCUGUGUGAAAUAGAUGUCGACGAGUGUCUGUCUCUACCGUGUCAAAACCAGGGCACGUGCAUAACUAACCAACCAAACAGUUACACUUGUCUAUGUCGUCCUGGUUACACAGAAACCAAUUGUGAAUGCGAUAUCGAUGAGUGCAGCUCGACCCCAUGUCAGAACGGUGGUAUCUGCAAUGACUUGGUGAACGGAUAUGUGUGCACAUGUCCGCCGGUAUGGACGGGGAUUAACUGCCAGAGUCCGAUUGGGCUGUGUGUAGUAGAAACUCCAUGUUUCAACGGGGCCACAUGUAUUGAUACACCCAACUCCUUCACAUGCAACUGUAGACCCGGUUUUACAGGCACAUACUGUGAAACAAACAUUCCUGAGUGCGAUUCUUCACCUUGUCAAAAUGGGGGUAUCUGUAGGGACUUAGUGAACGCUUAUCAGUGCUUGUGUCCAAUGGGUUAUACUGGUACCGACUGUGAGACCGAGAUUGAUGAGUGUUUAUCGGAUCCAUGUCAGAACGGGGCCACAUGUGUAAAUUAUUUGGCAGCUUUUCAGUGCGAGUGCGUACUGGGAUUCACUGGAAUUUGUUGUGAAACAAAUAUUCCAGACUGUGACCCAAACCCCUGCCAGAAUGGAGCCGUCUGUAUGGAUCUGAUCAAUGGCUACAAUUGCACAUGUGUCAAUGGCUUCGAUGGACCCAUAUGCGCGGACCCAGUGGGCUGUAACCCCGACCCUUGUUUGAACGGUGCCACAUGUAUUGCUGACAUUUGCUACUGUGCACCUGGAUGGACUAAUGACCAAUGCCAAACCAACAUCAAUGAGUGCCUGUCAAACCCUUGCCUGAAUGGAGGCACAUGCACAGACCUUAUCAACGGAUACCAAUGCACAUGUGUCCUCGGAUUUUCCGGAAAUCGCUGUGAAAUAAACAACAACGAGUGUGCAAGUAACCCAUGCCUCAAUGGCGCCAUUUGUACAGAUGGAAUCAACUCCUACACAUGCACUUGUCAGCCAGGAUAUACAGGCGUACAUUGCGAAACUAAUAUCAACGAGUGUGCCUCCGACCCGUGCCAGAACAAUGCCACGUGCCUGAACCAGGUGGCGUCCUUCGCCUGCCAGUGUUUACCAGGUUUCACCGGAACUUUUUGUCAGACAAACAUUCCCGAUUGUAUCCCGAACCCAUGUUUGAACGGUGGAAUAUGUAUUGACCAGGUGAAUGGCUACACAUGCCUAUGUCCAAGAGGAUUUACGGGAAACGAAUGUCAAACAAACAUUCCUGAUUGCACGGGGAACCCGUGCUUGAACGGUGGUUCAUGCAUUGACGGGAUAGCAAGUUACACAUGCACUUGCGUCACUGGUUUCACGGGCAUCAUGUGUGAGGAAAACAUUCCCGAUUGUAACCCGAAUCCAUGUUUUAAUGGUGGGAUCUGUGUUGAUGGGAUAAACCAGUUCACUUGCACUUGUCCUGCUGGAUUCACCGGAGAUAUUUGUCAAAUAAAUAUUAAUGAUUGUAUACCUGAUCAAUGUUUGAACGGUGGUACAUGCGUGGAUGGAGCCAACAUGUUUAUGUGCGGGUGUCGCCCAGGAUUUGAUGGCACGCUGUGUGAACAUAAUAUAAAGGAGUGCGCCUCAAACCCUUGCCAAAACAACGGGAUCUGUGUGGACGGGAUUAACCAGUACACGUGCACGUGUCCAACAGGAUAUGUGGGCAUCCAUUGUGAAAUUGAUAUAGAUGAGUGUGAACCUCGUCCUCAAUGUUUGAAUGGCGGCACAUGCAUCAAUCUUGUUGGCUUUUUCAUAUGCAAUUGUCCUGCAGGGUUCACUGGAACUACCUGUCAGAGAGAUAUAAACGAGUGCGCGUCCCUGCCCUGCCAGAACGGCGGUAUCUGUGUUGACCAAAUUGCAGAGUACAAUUGUACCUGUGCUCCAGGAUUUACUGGGACCAACUGUGAAUCUAUCAUCCUGUAUUGUGUCCCUGACCCUUGCCUGAAUGGAGUGUGCCAGGAAGGUGUUGGGAGAUUUGAAUGUCAGUGCGAUCCUGGGUACACAGGUGUUAAUUGUGAAAUAGAUAUCAACGAAUGUUUGUCCAACCCAUGUGUGAAUGGCGCCACAUGCAUCGAUGAAGUCAACCGCUACACUUGUCGCUGUGUGCCAGGGUAUGAUGGAAUCAACUGCCAAAACAACAUUAACGAGUGUGCCAGCAGUCCAUGUCAGAACAGUGCAACAUGCCGGGACAUGGUCAACAGCUUCCAGUGCAUCUGUCGUCCCGGCUUUACUGGCGACAGGUGUCAAGAUGAUAUCAACGAGUGUUUAAACCUUCCAUGUCACAACAGAGGGACCUGUUUGAACACUUACGGCAGUUACAUCUGUCAGUGUCCGAUCGACUUCACAGGAGUCAACUGCGAGCUAAUUAUAAAUGAGUGUGACUCCACUCCUUGUCAAAAUGGGGGUCGGUGCAUUAAUGGUAUUGGUCGCUAUGACUGCGUCUGUUUACCUGGCUUCACGGGAGUCAACUGUCAAAUAAACAUUGACGAGUGUGCUUCUCAACCAUGUCAAAACAACGGUAUCUGCGUGGAUGGAAUCAACAUGUACCGAUGUACCUGCCUGCUUGGAUUCACUGACAUUAACUGCAAAACCAAUAUAAAUGACUGCAGUCCGAAUCCUUGUGUGAAUGGAGGACUGUGUAUUGAUGGGAUCAACAGGUACACAUGCUCCUGUCAGGCAGGGUACACAGGAGUCAACUGCUCAGAAGAGAUAGACGAGUGCCAAUCAAACCCCUGCCAGAACAGCGGCACAUGCAUUGAUCAAGUUAAUAGGUUCGUUUGUGUGUGUCCGGCCGGCUUCAUAGGAACAAUUUGCCAGGAUGAUUUAAACGAAUGCGCUUCACUUCCUUGCCAAAAUGGGGGCUUAUGUGUUGAUGGCAUUAAUUCGUUCACCUGUGUCUGCCCAGACGGCUUUUCCGGCAUUACUUGCAAUAUAGAUGAUGAUGAAUGCGCUUCGAACCCAUGUUUGAACGGGGCAAACUGUAUUGACAGAGUAAAUAACUUCACAUGUGUCUGCAGAGCUGGCUAUACGGGUCCGAAAUGUGAGAUAGACAUACCAGAAUGUGAAUCUACACCUUGUUUAAAUAAUGGCUUUUGCAACGAUUUAGUUAACGGUUACAACUGCACAUGUGCAGCAGGAUUCACGGGAAUACAUUGUGAAACUAACAUUGAUGAAUGCCUUUCUGGACCAUGUUUGAAUGGCGGCGCAUGUAUUGAUGGCAUCAACAUGUAUACAUGCAACUGUGUUGCUGGUUACAUAGGCAUCAUUUGUGAGAUUGAUAUACCAGAGUGUGCCUCUUUACCGUGUUUGAAUAACGGUAUAUGUAUGGAUCUCGUCAACAGAUACACAUGUGUCUGUCCACCAGGAUUUACAGGAAUCAUCUGUGAAAUAAAUAUAGAUGAGUGCCUGUCGUCACCAUGUCGGAAUGGUGGCACAUGCAGAGAUGGAAUUAACAGGUUCACAUGCUCUUGCCCUCCUGGGUACAUUGGAAUACGAUGUGAAACGAAUAUCGACGAGUGUGCAUCCCAACCAUGUCAAAAUAAUGGAUUGUGCAUUGACCUCCUUAACGGCUUCAGGUGUGUCUGUGCACCUGGUUGGACUGGUAGAAUUUGCCAAACAAAUAUAAACGAGUGUGCAUCUAACCCUUGUCCUGCCCAAGCCACAUGUGUUGACCUGGUGAAUGCCUACCGGUGUAACUGUCCUCCGGGGUUCACGGGGGUGAUGUGUGAAGCACCGAUCAACGAGUGUAAUUCACUGCCUUGUAUGAAUGGCGGAACCUGUCGGGAUCUCGUGGCUAGCUACAGCUGUGAAUGUGCUUCUGGAUUUACCGGACCCAACUGUGGAAUAAAUAUCCCAGACUGCCUAAAUAACUUAUGCGCAGACUAUGCCACAUGUAUUGAUGGUAUAAACAGUUACACAUGCCUUUGCCCGACUGGAUUUACUGGUGAAUUCUGUAGGAUAAAUGUGCUGGAAUGUCUGAGUUCCCCUUGUAGGAACAGUGGCACGUGUAUAGAUACCAUUGGGAGCUUCAAUUGCAUUUGUCCGCUUGGAUAUACUGGCAACCUUUGCGAAAUAGAUAUUAAUGAGUGCAUAUCCCUCCCCUGCCAGAACGGUGGGAACUGUACUAAUCUUAUUGGUCUCUACACGUGUUCAUGUGUUCCUGGGUAUACCGGAGUCAACUGUGAAAUAAACAUCAACGAGUGCACAGCGGAUUCGUGUAAGGCUGGCAUGUGUGUGGAUGGGAUUAACUCUUUCACAUGCGAUUGUGUUGCGGGUUACAGAGGCACAAGGUGUGAUGAAGCGAUUCCUGGUGAGUGUUCGGCGACUGAUCAAUGUGGAACUAACCAGAUAUGCAAGGAGCAGACCUGUGUCUGUGAUAGUGGUCACACAGCUGUCACUGGGGGCAGAUGUGAGCACGUUGCUCUGUUGAUUGUUUACGUCGUGAUUGGCCUUGGAGUCGGUAUUGCAUUUAUUGCCUUUCUAAUAUACCUGUACAGACGGUGUUUGGUAACUGGACAGCGAGUGAGUCCGAAUCAGUCCGACAAAAAUGAUCCAGAACCUCAAAUCACACAUGAGUGUUGUUGCCCAAUGUUUUACUGUAGAUGUAUACCAGAUGUAGAAAAGAAUCCCGAUACUGAGCGGUCAGAAUUUAAAUUCCCGAAACUUGGUCGUAAUGUUAGAGCAGUCAAGAAGGGCCAGAUGGCUGAUAAUGCAAGUCUGUUAACCAACAGUCUUUCUGACUCGAGUGGUUCAAAUGGAGGGGAUGGUCCAAAUGGAGGAGGUGGGAAUCUAAAAUCGGCUUCCAAUCAAUCAUUUGGUGCUGUUGUUGGUCGUAAUGUUAGAGCUAUCAAGAAGGGCCAGAUGGCUGAUAAUGCAGGAAUGUUAACAGACAGUCUCUCUGAAUCGAGUGGUCCAAAUGGAGGGGAUGGUCCAAAUGGAGGAGGUGGGAAUCUAAGAUCGACUUCCAAUCCAACAUAUGAUGCUACUUUAGGUCAAGAAUAUGCACAGGCCAGUCAUCAUUCCUAUGACAAAGCUGAGCAUCACUAUGAUAAUGCCGAGCAUCUUUAUGACAAAGCUGGGCCAAGCAAUCAAUCACUGCGGUCCAGAAGAAGGAAGGGUCACUCUCAGAAGCAUCGCUCGAGCAGCAAAGACAAACAUCACUAUGACAAGGAAACAACAGCUGAAUACCAGUAUAUGGAAUGUAACAUCGAUGCACAAGCUGGUGCUAAGUCACCUAAGAGUGAUACGAGUUCAUCGAGUUCAUCGGGUUCACCGAGUUCAUCAGGUUCAUCGAGUUCACCAGGUUCAAACUUGCAACUGGAUAUAUGUACAAUACCUAAGGUUUAACAGGUAAAAUGGACAUAAUCCUAUCAAUGGUAGGUGUUAUAUGAACUUGUAGUCAAACCUCCAUGACUCUAUAGUGAUGAUAAUUUAUUAUAAUAUGGCAGUUAAAUUUUUGUAAUAGUGUAAAUCAAUAUUGGAUUGCCUGUGAUAUUGUCGUUAAAGAUCUCUUGCAAAUUCUUAUAAGUUGGAGGUGCGUACCAUUACAGAUCAACUGUGCUAUAAUGAACAGAGGGCAUACUGGCACAUUUUUUACCUUAUUAUGGUGUAUGUUUGGCUAGAAAAUAUGACCAUUUUAAUUAACUCAAGCAACAAUAUGUAAGUAAACAGAGAUAAAUGUAUUGGAAGUUGAAUAUUUCUAGCGAAAAACAUUGUGGGUUUUACUAAGUUUGUUUGGCACAGGAAUUCGUUCUUAGAAUAAACCAUGAAUUAUUAUUCUUGUCAUACAAAUGUUUUUAUCAGGGGUAUUACUUUCUCCCUGUGUUUUAUUUGAAAAGAAUCAGUAUUUCCUGAGAUAUUCAAGAAAAAACCUCCUCCAUUUCCUUGUAAAAAGAUGUCCACUAACCAAAAAAUAUGUAAACAAAAUUUAGAUCAUGACAAAACCUUACGGCAUAAAUUUGGAGUAUUGACUUUCAGAUGGCAGAAAUAUAUGCAAUAUAAUAAACGAAAGCAUAUAAUGCUUAGUAUUCAAUAAAACUUAUAGCAGCAGUCUAAACAAGGAUCAACUUUGUCACACACUUAGGGAUUUUUUUGUUAGUCAAUCUAAAUCCAGCAAAAUUUAGUUUCAACUCAAUUUAGUUAGCUUAUUUGAAUGUUAAAUUUAAAAUUUCCGAUAAAACAAUUACUGAGCAGAGACUACUGCACAACUUUGAAUGACUAUUUGCUUAUUUAGUUAGAAUGUUAGUUCCGUUAAAAGCUGCACUCUCACAGAUUGACCGUUUUGAAAAAAAAAAUUGUUUGCAUUCACCAUUCAUGUAAUAUUUUUGCGCUUUUUGAUACAUGGUUACGAUCUUGUUAUCAGUAAUGAAUAUUUUUCAUAAAUGUAUUAUUUAGUAAGUAGUUGAAGGUUUAUCAGUCAAAACUGAUGUUUGUUAUACAUGUGUAUGUAUUGAUUUUGAACAAGAGUGUCACUUUAAAUAUAGGUUUUCAUAGCAGUAAAUAUAUGUGAAUACAUUUUUUCGUACUUGUGUCCAAAAAUACUUCUGAAUUUCGCCAACUUAGACCUGCUUAAUAAAUCCCCCUGAAAACUACCAAAAUCCCCCUGAAUUUUCAGCCUUUCUGAACAAAUCCCCUGGAAUGUUCUCUAGAAAUAUGGCAUGUAUGUAUUAUGGAGAUUUGAUUGUGGAUAAUUGGUGCAGCCAUUAUUGAAGCAGAGAAAUCAAGAUUUAUAUACCGGUAAUGUUGUAAUAACUAUUUUCAUUGUUGUAAAAUAAAUAAAUUUAAAUUAACUAAACAGUUAAAUACUGCAUUAUUUAAAAAAAACCACACUUUAUUAUUAUAACAAUGAAAUAAAUAAUAUAGAUGUGUUUUUGGUAAUAAGGGAUAUCCAUGUAAUAUAACUUAAUAAAUGAAAUUAAAACAUAAUAUUUAGAUUUUUUAGAGAGAUAUUCCCCACUCUCAGAAUCUGGAGGAAGUGAAAGAUUUUUUUAUAACUUACAAGAUCAAUACAGGGUACGUGUUUCUGUGUCAUUGAUUUUUUAGAUUAUAGUGUUUUUUAUUCAAAAUAUAUUUGUUAUAAAGAUAUGAAAUUGUGAUGUAGGACUUUUGUUGAAAUUGUCAUGUAGGACUGUUGUUAUAUAAAUUAUGAUAUUUACACUAAAAGAUUGAUAUGUAUGUACAUUUGUGUUGUUUUUAUGUUAAUAUUUUGUGUGUAUUGAAAGUUUAUAGUCUCUGGUUGUUUAUUUAAUUAACUAAGCAUUUAUUGAGAAUUAAACAGUAUAAUUAUGUCAGUUAUUUCAAUGUUGACUUAAAUCUGCACUCUCACAGAUUGAAUGUUUUGACCAAUUUUUUAUUUUUUUGUCUUGAAACGAGCCCUUUUUUGGUGAAAUCCAUGGAAAUCAGUUCUAGUAGACUGCUGACAAAAAAUAGGUCGCGGAUUUUUAUAUUUUAGUUCAAAAAACAUUGUUUUAUGCAUUUUUCUUAAACCAUUCGUAACAGUUUAAGCCAUCUAUAAUACAUUAUUGUUUGAACUGAACUAUGAAAAUCGGCGAUCUGAUCUUUUGUCAGCAAUCGUUUAUCAUUGGUUUGAAGAUAUUUACACAAAAAUUUGCUCUAUCCAAGACAAAAAAUAAAUGAGUUGUCAAAAUGGUAUAUCUGUGCGAAUGCAACUUUAAACUCCAAUGCACUGGCAAGUCCUUUUUACACUUAAAGAGAGACCAUAUGCUUUUGUGAUGGUCAGAUGCAAGUAUUUGUUGCAUAAUUUUCUUUAUGUUUAGUCUUUAGAAACAUAUUAUCUCAUAUACAUGUUAAAACCUACUUUUAAAUUUUCUUUCAGUGUAAAAUGUUCAUUUAAUUGCGAAAAACUGCCACCUAAAUAUAUCUAAAAUUGUGCGAUAUAAUGCUGAUAUGCUCAAUUGAUGUUACCCGUCCAUCGCCAUGUAUAUAUGAACAAGUAGUAUUUCUUAGUAAUGAUCAAGAUUCAUUUUAUCUAUUUUAUCGUAUAUAUGUUGAAUGUUUGAAAUUUGAAAUGAUUUUAUUUGUUUUUAUUGGAAAAGAUAUCAUGUGAUUCAUGUUAUUCUGUGAUAUGCAUUUAAGGAAGCAAUGCUUUGUUUUAUUUUAUACAUAAUUAUAUAUUUAUAAUAAAGUAUAUUUGCUCAUAUGUUACCAUGCUACUGGUCAACAACGGUCAAUCACAUUGAAGUUGCUGUAAAAUAUCAAAUGUAAUGAAGAAAACACAAACCUAAAAAUAUACCAUUUUUUGCAAGCCAUUGUGAAAAUAAUUCAAAUAUACAGCAAAUCUAAGCUUUAUGCAUUUAUACUGCAAUAAAUCUAAAAGCUUCAUUUUAGGCGCUCUUAAGUUUAUUUACAUUCAUGAUACUUGAUAUAUACUAUGUUCUACAAUUUGCAUAUCACUCAUGUUUAAAAGUUUAGUUAAGGCCUCACUAAUUUGACUCGUAACGGAUUAACAGCACCAAUUUUUCGAUAAAUGCAAAAAAAUGUUCUUUUAUUUGCUUUCUCUAUUUUUCUAAACCCAAAACUGUGGAACAAAACAAUUCAAUUUGUGUGGCCAUAGAAAAAAAAUAAUUCAUAUGCCUUUUAUAUUUUGUGAUGUUUUAGGCAAUUCAACUUCAUGCAUGUUAAGUUGUUAACGAGAAUGCGAUAACAUUUGAACCAAUUAUGUUGACUUUAAGGAAAUGUUUACUUAGUCCUCUUUAUAUAAUAUUUAUUUAAAUAAAUAGUUUAAUAAAUAGUUUAACUUCA